AUGUGUCCCUAUUUGGAAGAACCCCCUGAUUCAGCCUCCAAGCCACUGGAUCCUCUAGUGCUUCAUGUACAUGAUUUGCCUCAGCUCUAUCAAAGACCCUCAGCGACUACCUUGCUUCAGACAUUAGAUCUCCUUUGUUGUGAGACGCCCAGUUUCUCCAAAAUCAAUCACGCUCGCCAGGUCAAGGUUGCCGAACAAGGUGUUCCGGGAUAUCUCACCUCGGUUGUCUCGUCAACUCUACAUUGGAUUGACGAUGACGAGGCCAAAGAGUCGAUAUGGAGUGCUGCAAGUGCCCGAUUGAGUGAGCGAUCAGGCAGGAACGCGAUGCCCUCGAUGACUCGCUCGUUCAUGAUCAAUGACUCACUUUCAAUUAGCCUGCACGAACCCUCUCUUACGGGCGACAGCCUUGGGCUCAAGACCUGGACAUCCUCGCUCUUACUGUCACAGCGGCUGGGGCAGUGCCGUAGGUACAUCCCACAAGACUGUGCAAGAGUGCUUGAGCUGGGAGCGGGAACUGGUCUUGUGGGAAUCUCCGCUGCUUGUCUAUGGAACAAGCAUGUUCUGCUAACCGACUUGCCCGAGAUUGUCCCUAACCUCCAGCGGAAUCUUGAACAUAAUCGAAGCGUCAUCACAGAUAAUCAUGGCUCUGUCGAAGCACGGGCGCUUGACUGGGCCGACGAGACUGAUACUCCCGGUGACGAGCAAGAGAAGUUCAUGGUCAUUCUUGCCGCAGAUCCUAUCUACUCUCCCGACCAUCCCAGAAUGCUUGUUAACACGGUGCGCCGGUGGAUUUGUCCAAAUCCCAAGGCCAGGUUCAUCGUUGAACUGCCACUGCGAGAUCGAUACGAUCAGGAAAGACAGAACCUGAGGGAGACUCUGCGCCAUGAGGACUUUGAGCUAGUGGCUGAAGGCACAGACACAGGAUUUGAUGACUGGCAUGGCCGGGAUGGCCAUCCAGUUGAAGUCGAAUGUUGGUGGAGUGUCUGGAAGCCAGAUAGGUGA